GAAGGGCAGUCACUGCUGAUAUUGACAGCAUAUAGGACGUGUACAGCUGCACCGAAGCGAAGUUACUUGGUGCUUUGUAUAAUUUUGUUUUCGUUAAGGAAAAAUAAAAUAAACAAAAUUUUUUAUUUUACUAGGUACAUGUUCGUAAAUAAUAAUCAAGUAAGGUGUAUUUACGAAAAACAGUUUUACAUCUCAGCGCCCCUUCUGUCUUGACUUUUCUUUUAAUCAUGUGUUCGAUGUGAUUACGGUUUUAAUAUGCAAAAUAUCGCAGUGUGGUGAUUUCUCGCAAUUGUGGGGCAAUUUCCCUGAAGGAUACUCCGUAAUGAGGCUGGAUCUAACUGGGAAAUUGGUGAGACAUUUAGACCAGAAGUGAAUCAACAGGAUACUGAUAAAAUAUUCAGAGUCCUGUGCUCCCAACUGAAGCUACAGAAAUGGAUACUGAUCGCUAGAUUACACGAAAAGUCUUCUCCGUCUGCUGUCACAAGUCGUUUCCUGUUCUGGUCUUUUGGCUCUCUCGUGAGAAGUACAGCAGUAAACAUCAUGGCAGUGGUUGGAGUCUCAGUUAGAGAGGAUGCGCAGUGCCAGCAGUACGGUGAGGUGAAUCAACUGGGAGGCGUGUUCGUGAACGGUCGACCUCUUCCGAACGCCGUUCGCCUACGGAUCGUGGAACUGGCGCAACUUGGGAUCAGGCCCUGUGACAUAUCGCGACAGCUACGGGUGUCGCACGGAUGUGUGUCCAAGAUCCUGGCGCGGUACCACGAGACCGGCUCCAUCUUACCGGGAGCUAUCGGCGGAAGUAAGCCUCGGGUUACAACACCCAAAGUUGUGGCGUAUAUCAAAGAACUUAAACAAAAGGACCCUGGUAUCUUUGCUUGGGAGAUUCGAGACAGACUGUUAUCAGACGGUGUUUGUGAUAAGUAUAAUGUGCCUUCAGUAAGUUCCAUAAGCCGGAUACUGCGGAACAAGAUAGGUGCUCUGGUCCAUCACCAUUCAGGUGCCUCCCAGCAUCCUCACCUCUAUAAUUCUAUCUACCCGACAUAUCCCUACGCGACUGCGGCUGGGGCUGUGCCCGCUAAGCUCCCUGGAGUGGGCUCCCCUCCGUCUCCUGUCACACACUGCAUCGCACCUCCACGGGGGCCCCAGACGCACUGUUGGCCAAGUUCGCACUCCGUCUCUGACAUCCUAGCGAACGCCCACCAUCACGCCGCCGCCGCCGCUGCUGCUGCAGCCACCGGGUUCAGACCCACGGUCCAGCAUCCGUCAGUGCCCUCCACUGCGGGACAGGUGACCAUGGCUCCCGACCCGACGCAGAACUACAAUUAUUAUCACAUGUACUUACAGAGCUGCAAUGCGACUCCAGCGGCUUCGCUUGCUGUCAUGAACGGGCAUCAUGGCCUUGCGAGCCCGGCAACGAACCUAUAGCUACGGGCGAGACCACCACAGAGCUUCGCACUUGAGUGUGCGUGGGAAUGAGUGCUUCGUUAUUGGGACAUACAUAAACAGUAAUAUGAGGAUGGAGUGUGAGACCAUCACGGCGCUCACUCUGAAGGACUGUGACGCCAUUUAGUCUGGUAGGAGGUCACCAACGUUUCGGAGGAACAAAUUGCUUCCAUCUUCAUUGUCGAAAAGUGAGCCGUCACUUUGAUUGCUGAUUGGCUUACUCGUCGAACCAGCAGGUGGAAAUGGCACGUUCCUUCGAAACAUUCACAAACUUCUUCCAGACUACAGGGCGUCACAUUUCAGAAAACUGUGCGCGUCUCAUAAGAAUGAGUUUAAAUUGUGUCUUAGAAACUUUGUUCUAAAAUUUGAUGAAAGUGAUGUAUUAUUAUUAUUAUUAUUAUUAUGACAGUUCAUUUUAACUUAAUUAUUUUCUCAUAAAAAUAUAAAAUUAAAAAAAAUACUGUCACGUUUCGGAGAAUAGUCUCUUUCCUUCUUCAGGUAAAAUAGAGGCAGAAAGUCCAUUUUGUUGCGUCAUUAGGCAAAACUGAUCUUCGUGAGAGGCGCUUUACCUGAAGACGGGAACACAGCUAGUUUGAGAAACCUAGCAAUUUUUAGAAUUCUGUAUUUUAAUCAGGCAGCGGUUACAGUCCAACUGAAGUGUCGCUUUGUAAUUUGAGAUACAUGUUAUAUUUAAGUUUAUUCAUGUAUGGUCGCCAUCUUGAAAUAGAUAAUUGGAACUUAGUUCUUUUUGUGUUGCUGUUAACUCUGGUGGACAAGAUUCGGUGCACAAGCGGCAUAACGCAGCUUACCUCCGUCUGUAAACUAAAUAAAAGCACUUUUCCGAAUAUGUAUGUCCCUUGACCUACUGCGAAUGCCGUGAUCUAGUGGUUAUCACUUUUGCUUCGCUUGUGGGACAUUCUGGGGUUCGAAUCUCCGUCCUGAGAUCUAUUAUGAUAGAGGUUAUUCAUGGGUUUCCUCACUCCCUCUAGAAGAAUUCUGGCGCAAUGCUUCAAAUUAAGCCCGAAACAAAUGUAACGCCCUUUACAAUUCAUUAUUCAAUAAUUUUCCUGCUAUUCAACACUAUUUAGUCUGAGCGUCGUGACAGAAAUCAUCCAUAAAAUUCAACCCAAUAAAUUCUUAGGAACAGCGUUUUUUUCUAAACUAAUGACAAGAAAUUGAGUUACGUGUGAUGUAACUUGCUGCAUUGAACAAGGGUGUGUUAAUUCCUGGGCUUGCUUUUGUGUUCCGGUUCCGGUUGCCUUCUUCAGAAAGAGAAGGUUUUGCAAUAAAUAUUAUUUUGUCGCCUAAUUCUCUCUGAGAUUGAUAAACGCAUUCCUUAUUCGUUUUACUUAUGACACGGAGAACUGAAUAGUGUUCUUGGUGACAGCGUAUAGUCUGGUAAGCGGUUACCAGCUUUUUGGAGGAAUCUAACGCCUCAAUUUCCACGGCAGAGAACAUAUAUGACCAAAUAUUUUUGUAAAUUGUAAAAUGAUACUUAUGGAGUAUAAUAUUUUACAGUGCUGGACAAAUUUAAUGUCACUGUCAGUAAAUGAGCCUGCUACACAAUGGGUAACAUGUAAUGGGGGUAAAGCGGCCGGGGCGUGAUGCUGACCACUCAGCAACGUAUGCCGAGAUCAAUAGUGGUGGAGCUGGAUAUAACUCGACUGCCGCACAUGCCUUCAUGACUUGGUGACUGAUUAAUUAAGCAAGAACAACUGGAAAUUAACCUUAUCAUUUUAUUAUCUUUACUGCCAGUAGUUGGUAGUCGUUCUUUGUAACUGGUCCAGCUUAGGAGGAACCAUUUUUCCUUUAUACUACUUGACACAAACAGAUCCCUUUUCUGAAAAAGUUUUUGAAAAAAACUCAAGACAAUGGACAAUGCCCAAAAUAGUAGUCAUAUUAUUAAAAAACAUGAUCAUAAGAUAUAUUUCGCCAUCUCUGCCACAAACCUUCGCGAUGCACCCUACUUGAUGCUGCCUAUUAAUGAACCAUUGACUUAAUGGAGCUGUUUCCGCAGAGCCACACGACUUAACCGACUAAGUCUGAAGGCUCCAAGAGCCGUCAGGGAGUCAAAUGUGGUCAUAAGUCCCUUGGGACUCGGAACAAAAAUGGCUGUUCUGGCGAGGACCAGCAGUAAUUUAUCAGUAAAUCAGCUAGCUACGUGACUGAUCAGUGGUUCAGUAAGACAUCACAUAAACGUUUGAGAAACACGUGCCAUCGACUGAGAAUGAGUCUCUGUAACAAGUUGUAGACUGGUAAUAUAUUUUGUAAGAAAACUGUAUAAAUAUCUGUAAGCUAUUUCUUACUUCCACACUUCGCUUAGUGGCGGUUGGAGUCCAACUGUGUCCACUCGGCACGGCGGUCACUGACUGGCCUAUUGUAGACUGCCCCGGGUGAUUAUGA